AUGCCUGCCAAGCUGAGGCCGGGAAGCCUUCCCGGUAUCAUCUCGAACCGACUUGAUGAGUGGGCUGCCUCGCAACGCGUCGAGGACCGCCUCGAGGUGCUCGGCUUCGACUCACGCGACGCUACGGGACUGCUGCACAAUUGGCGGGAAAAGGUCCAGGAAGACCUUGCAGGCAUGGACAAGGACGAUGACGGUUUCCUCGAUCGCAUGAAGUCGAUGGGAUGGGAUGCGCAGACGCUCACCCUCGCGUACGAGUCGGGGAUGUGGAGCUCGGUGUUCGAGGCCGCGUUCCUCCGCCACUUCCUGUCGUAUGCGGCAGUUGAGGGCCCGGAACACAUGCGGCUGCACAUCAACGCGCUCCUCCAGGCCACGGACAUUUCUGACCAUGCUGAGCGGCAACUCGACGCGCGCAUGGUCAACCGCUCGUUCCACCUGCACAUGGGUCCAACCAACUCUGGCAAGACGUACUCCGCGCUCAAGGCGCUGGCCAAGUCCCCAACUGGGGUUUACGCCGGUCCGUUGCGUCUCCUGGCUCACGAGGUUUGGGAGAGACUAAACCUCGGCUCGGUCGGCGGCUUGGACGGCAAGCCUCGCCCUUGUUCGUUGGUCACUGGCGAGGAAAAGCGUAUCGUACAAAACGGCCAAGACAUGAUCAGCUGCACUGUCGAGAUGCUGCCGCUGAUGGGCCACCCGUCGGGCAAUCCGUGGGAUGUGGUGGUCAUCGACGAGAUCCAGAUGAUGGGCGACGCGCAGCGCGGCGGCGCAUGGACUUCUGCUGUUAUGGGUGUCAAUGCCAAAGAGAUUCACCUGUGCGGCGACGAGACGACCGCCGACCUCCUCAAGUCGAUGAUCGGCCGGUUCAAGGGCGACACGCUCACCGUCCACCGCUACGAGCGUCUGACGCCGCUCUCCGUUGCGGACGAAAGUCUCCAGGGAGACUGGGAGAACGUCCAGCCCGGCGAUUGUGUAGUCACGUUUUCACGUACAAACGUUUUUGCGGCCAAGAAGGCGAUCGAGAGCACUUUGGGCAAAAAGUGUGCCGUCGUCUAUGGCGCACUCCCUCCCGAGACGCGUGCGGAGCAGGCCCGUGAAUUCAACGAGGACUCCGGCCGCGCAGAGAUCAUGGUGGCCAGCGACGCCGUUGGGAUGGGUCUGAACCUCAAAAUUGGCCGUAUCGUCUUCGAGUCCCUGACCAAGUUUGACGGGAAACGCGACGUCCCGCUGUCCCUCUCGCAAGUCAAGCAGAUUGCUGGUCGUGCUGGCCGCUUCGGACUGCAGCAUAAGGGCGAGUCUGAGGACGAGUCGUCGCCCGACGAGGUCCCUCAUUCCGGCGGUAUCGUCACUACGCUGCAUGAGGCCGACCUGCCUCUCCUGCGUGCGAUGAUGCCACUUUCGCUCCCGUCCGUCACGAGAGCGGUCCUCGAGCCAACAUCCAAGGCUCUGGGUAAGCUCGCCCCCCUCCUUCCGCCCUCCACGUCCUACAACGACUUGAUGGGACACUUUGAAGCGCUGGCCAAGCUCCCACCCCUGACGGUUCUCGCGAGCAUCUCGCAUCGCGAGCCGAUCUUCCAAGUCGUUGGCAAAUAUCGCGACGUGCUCACGCUGGGCGAGUGCAUUCAAUUCGGCAUGGUGCCAGUCAACCGGCGUGAUCCAAAAGUCAUGUCAAUCUUUGAACGUGUCCUCAAAUCCUACUCGGAGGAGAUGAACGUCAGCCUCGAACCGACUCUGGCCCCCACAAUGCUCAUCAAGACCCUCAAGACGGUCGAGGAGACGCUUGCCGCCCUCCCGCCCCUCCCACCCACCCUCGGCGUGUACAGGCCCUACCUCGUUCCGCCAAUCACAAUCGCCGCCAUCCCCCUGCUGGAGAGCCUGCACAAAGCAUUGGUGUUGUACAUCUGGCUCUCUUUCCGCUUCCAGCUCGCCUUUCCCGAUCGAGAGCUGGCGGCCGCAUACAAGGAACGCACGGAAAACGCCCUCGAGAUCUGCCUGGAACGCAUGCCGGGUGUACGCCAAAAGAAGCGCGAGGAACGUACUGGCGAAAUGGAUGGUGAACAUGCCCUCUAUCGACGAAAGUAUGUCGACAAGCACGGGCUGGUCAAGCCUGAGAUUAAGUGGGUUGCGGCGGAGCUGGCAGCCCGAAACAAAAGGCGCGACCGAUGGGGCUCGGUCGAGCAUCAACACAUGAACGCAACAGACUACUGGAAGCAGAAGGAGGUUGAGCAGCAGCAGUCUCUGGAGACGCAGGACGAUUCCAACUUUGGUCUGGCUAAACCAUCCGAACCUGGAGCAUAG